ACCAGACCUCCCAUGGUUCUCUAAUUUAAACUUACUUCUUUGUGGUUUUUGUUUUUUAGUUACUCUUGCUAUGUUGUACUCAUGUAUCAGACCUCCCAUAAUUCUUCAAUUUAAAUUUACCUUCUUUGUGUUUCUUUUGGUUUGUUGAAAUCUUAGCGGCUCACUGAAAACAAAUAGCACACUAAGACCCCUUCCGCACAGCUGAAUAAAAUCCCACAUUUUCUGCUUUGAACUGGAAUAGAUGGCAGUGUGGACUCAGAUAACCCAGUUCAAAGCAGAUAUUGUGGGAUUUUCUGCCUUGAUAUUCUGAUUUAUAUGACUGUGUGAAAGGGCCUUAAGUGUUUGUGUGUGUGUGUGUGUGUGUGUGUGUGUGUUUUUUUUUUUUUGGAUUUCUAAAGGCUUGGCUGAGAGAGACCAGAAUCAAAAAGAAAAUCCAAAACGUUUAGGGGAAGGGGGUAUGGCAAAGAUUUUGACAGGUCAUUCUGAAACAGGAAAUCCUGCUAAAUAUGCUAAAAUACCAGGAAACCUCUGCUGAACCUUAAAGGAGGGCCUUAUCAAAAUGGCAAGAUAAACAAGGACCUGACAAUAUUAUGUAACCUGGGAACUUAGCACUUGGAAUUCUGGCACAGGAUGUCUUUAAAAACUGCAUUUUACAUCAUGUUUAUGAAUCUUAAUACUACUAAAAAGCAUUAGGUUUUUUUGUUUCUUGAAAUUGUUCAGUAGAUGGAUGUAAAAUAAAUUAAAACUCAGAAGAUAGCAAAUCCUGCUAAAAGCUUAGACUCUGAAGUUAAUAAAUACUGUAUUGUUAAAUUGUCCUCAAGCACACAUUAAUGCAUAUUUCCUGGGGAGAAAGGGCUCACUCAGGGUCAGUAUUUGAUCACUUUUUAAACAGUAUCAUUUAGCUUGCAAUGAAAGAAAAUUCAAAAGGGUAAAUCACAGGGUAAUUUUUAUAGACUAUAACAAUAUAAUAUGCAAGGGUGUUAAUUUUGUUUGUUUCAAGCAUACUUUUAAAAAUUUGAAUCUUAAGAUUCUUCAGUGAUUUUUUCCCCUAGUGGUGUCAAGAAAACUGGAUUUCUAGACAUACAACACUGAGUUUGUGCAAAACAAAUACAUAUUAAUAGAAUUGAGGAAUAGGUGCAAAAACCCCAAACCAGUUCCGAUGUUGCUGCUUCAUCCAUUUGCAGGUCUAUGGAAAUGCAGGAUCUAGCCAGCCCUCAUAGCCGUCUAAGUGGUAGUAGUGAAUCUCCUAAUGGUCCGAAACUUGAUAAUUCUCAUAUAAAUAAUAAUUCCAUGACACCCAAUGGCACAGAAGGUGACAUGACUCUGCUCAGCACUGCAGACUGGUUGUUAAAUACUAAUACACAGACCACUGCAGUUAAAACAGAGCCAAUGAGCAGCAGUGAGAUUGCUACUACAACAGCAGACGGGUCUUUAGACAGUUUCUCAGGAUCAGCAAUUGGAAGCAGUAGCUUUAGCCCAAGACAAACUCAUCCAUUUUCCCCGCCACAGAUAUACCCAUCCAAUAGACCAUACCCACAUAUUCUUCCUACCCCUUCUUCACAAACCAUGGCUGCAUAUGGGCAGACGCAGUUUACUACAGGGAUGCAACAAGCCACUGCUUAUUCAACCUACCCACAGCCUGGACAGCCCUAUGGAAUCUCAUCAUAUGGUGCAUUGUGGGCAGGCAUCAAGACAGAAGGUGGAUUGUCUCAAACGCAGUCACCUGGACAGACCGGCUUUCUGAGCUAUGGGGCCGGGUUCAGCACUCCCCAGCCAGGACAGGCUCCCUACAGUUACCAGAUGCAAGGAAGCAGUUUUACAACAUCAUCUGGAAUAUAUGCUGGAAAUAAUUCACUUACAAAUUCAACCGGAUUUAAUAGUUCACAACAGGAAUAUCCAUCUUACCCCAGUUUUGGCCAAGGUCAAUAUGCACAGUAUUAUAACAGUUCACCAUAUCCAUCACAUUAUAUGACAAGCAGCAACACCAGUCCAACAACACCUUCCUCCAAUGCAACAUACCAGCUACAAGAACCACCAUCUGGCAUCACAAGUCAAGCAGUCACAGAUCCUACAGCGGCAGAAUACAGCACAAUUCACAGCCCCACCACACCCAUUAAAGAUUCAGAGGCAGACAGGUUGCGUCGCAGCUCAGAUGGCAAAUCACGUGGUCGAGGCAGAAGGAAUAAUAAUCCGUCACCACCACCUGACUCUGAUCUAGAGAGGGUUUUCAUUUGGGAUUUGGAUGAGACAAUCAUCGUUUUCCAUUCACUGCUUACAGGAUCCUAUGCUAACAGAUACGGAAGAGAUCCACCUACUUCUGUUUCACUGGGGCUGAGAAUGGAGGAGAUGAUUUUCAACUUGGCAGACACACAUCUAUUCUUCAAUGAUUUAGAAGUUCAUUCCACUGGUUUCAAAUGGAAUCUCUUCAAGGAGUGUGACCAAGUUCAUAUUGAUGAUGUUUCAUCAGAUGACAAUGGCCAGGACUUAAGCACCUAUAACUUUGGAACAGAUGGCUUCCCUGCAGCAGCUACCAGUGCUAAUUUAUGCUUAGCAACGGGUGUGCGCGGAGGAGUGGAUUGGAUGAGAAAACUGGCCUUCCGAUACAGACGAGUAAAAGAAAUCUACAACACCUACAAAAAUAACGUUGGAGGUCUUCUGGGUCCAGCAAAGAGAGAAGCUUGGUUGCAGCUUAGAGCAGAAAUUGAAGCCCUUACAGAUUCUUGGUUAACACUUGCACUGAAAGCACUAACACUCAUUCACUCUAGGACAAACUGUGUGAAUAUUCUAGUGACGACUACUCAGCUUAUUCCAGCUCUUGCAAAAGUCUUGCUAUAUGGCUUAGGUGUAGCAUUUCCAAUCGAAAAUAUUUACAGUGCAACUAAAAUAGGAAAAGAAAGCUGUUUUGAACGCAUAAUUCAAAGGUUUGGAAGAAAAGUAGUGUAUGUUGUUAUAGGAGAUGGUGUAGAAGAAGAACAAGGAGCAAAGAAGCAUGCCAUGCCGUUCUGGAGGAUUACAAGCCACUCUGACCUAAUGGCCCUUCAUCAUGCCUUGGAACUGGAGUACUUAUAAUAGCACUUUGUAACCCCACAACGUCCCUCUUGCCCAUGGACAGUGUGCCUGUGUUUUGUGUUAGCACUGGGCUACAGAACUUUUGUGAUUUCAUCAUGUUGAUGUACAGCUGCAACUGGUCUUAACCUUUGCCCUUCAAGUAAAUGGAGGAGCAUGUCGCUUUCUUCAGAAACAGCUGUUGAUUCUAGUACUGUGAAUCCGAAGAAAACAAGCCAUGGUGAGAAUGUUUUAACAAUGUGCCCUUUCCGCAUUUGCUACAUUGAAAGGUUCAUACCUGUGAAGGGACUCGGACAUGCUUUAUGGUUUCUAGGAUCUUCAGUGUGGUGCACAUGCAACUUCGGAAGUACAACAAACUUGAUUGCACAACAAAGACUGAGCUUUUUUUUUUUUUAAAAAAAAGAAUCCCAUGGAUACAUUUCAUAAAAAGGUUUACUUUUUUUAAUUCUCUGACCCAGGGUACUCUGUAAAUCUUUACUUAUUUAUGAACAGACUCUGUUUUGACAUCAUCAUCAUCUAAAUGUGGAUAAUGUAUGAUAAAUGGAUGGCUACGAUGUGUCUUUUGCCUUCUGAUAACAAAAUUAUUUGAUUUUAGCACAAUGCAAAGUAGUUUAAAGUAUGUCUAAUUUAAGCGAAUAGGUACAUCACUGAGACAAUCGUGUACAGAAAGAAUGUUUUUGUGUAAAUUUGUAAUGAAUGGAUGAUGUUUUACAUAUUGUUUAGGCAAAUACUAUUGAAAGGUAGUAAUGGCUUUUUGGUGAAGUAUGAGGCAGUGUGUGCACGAACUAUUGUGCUGUGCCUUAUGAAAGUAUUGUGUAUAAAUAUGUAGAUAAUGGAAAUUUUUAGAUCAAUUUGUCAAGACCAAAAGCAUGGAUGUCAAGUGUCAAUAAGGUAUCGCUCUUUUAUUUCUUUUUUCUUUCUAUAACUUUUUUUCCUUGGCAAAUGUGUUAUACCAAAAUACUAGUUAUAUCUCCCAUUCUUGCAAUCUUGCUCAUCAUGGGUUGGCUUCUGGUUUACAUUUUGUACUUGAGUCAAUAGGUCUAAGUGCAAAAUAUAUUUCACUCACAUCAACUGAUAGUGGUUUACAUGUUUAAAUGGCAAGUUAUCUUGGAGAAGUACAUGCAAAUGAAGGGCUGGUUGAUCUUUCAGUGUUUUAAUUAAUUUUCUAAGAAAAACAGAAAUCUAAAUAUACGUGCGUAUUUUCUGCUGAUACAAAGAAUGUAUCAGAACACGCCUGAAAACUAAGAGCAGUACUCUGCUCUUUCUUUUCAUUAGAUUGGAUGCAGAAUUGUCUUCUUUUUGGUGAAAGGACUCUCUCCAUUCAUGAAAGGCUUUUUAGACCCAAUGAAAGAACCCUACUGCUGGGAUGGGAGAUGGCAUUGGAAAAGUGGCCCUCCAUAACAGUGGAGAAGGACUAUAGAGAAAGUGGAGAAAUCUCCCUUCUAUUUCCACCAGUGGGAAGUUCUGACCAGUUCUGACCACAUAGAGGAAGAAAACUCAAUCCAACUUAUUUUCUUUAUUAAUAAAUCUUGAGUUUGGAAGGAAGGAAAAAAAUUAAGUAUGUUGACUUAAUUAAAGAAAACCAAAGUUCGAAUAAAAGUGUCCACUUAAUUUUAGAGUAGAAAGAGAAUAACUCUUUCUAGAAUUCAGGUAAUAUAUAUUAAGUAUGAAUCAUUUGGAACUUGUUGCUCUCUUGCUCCCUCCCCUCAAAAAAAGGGCUCAAUUUAUGUCUAAAACGUUUUCUAACAUUCACACUGAAGUCUGCCAAAGAAUAGAGUAGAAUGAGAGUUAGUGUUUUAUGAUGAGCGCCUCUAAAGCAAACCAAUAUGGCUCUGACAACAUAGUAAAAAAGCAGAACAUGAUGAUGAGUGGUGGUUUACAGUGACUGGCAAAGCAGACCAUUUUCCCAUUACUUCUAUAUUUAGGAUGAGAGUUCAAAUAUAAAUGGUUUACAGGUGUAAAACAUUCAAUCUAUGGAAGAAUGUGUGGGCAUUUUAAAAUAAUUUUCUUUUAUUUAUGACCCUCUAAUUUUUGACAUCAUUAAUUUUUACCAUCCCAUAUCAGUAAUCCAGAUUUUUCUAUUAGUCCAUUGCUGGCAAUGGGCUCACUAAAACCAUUAUUGCCAAUUAUAUUUAGAUUGCUUGUAACUAUUUUUACCACAUUUGAACCAUACUCAUCUUCUGCAAAAUAUGAUUAACAUGAACAAUUUAUCCUGUUUUACUUUGAGCUGGUUUAGAUAAUCAAAUGGUGCUUUCUUACCCGUGGUUAGUCUAUCCAUACUUUUCUUUCUCCUGCCAUAACUGUGGCUGAAGUAUACAUUAGUACCAUCUGUGCAUUUCCCCAUUUCAUCAGCGUUUUUAACCAGGAGUGUUGGGAGAAGUUAUAAGCAUGGCUAAGAGAAGCUCCCUUUUAAGUCUGUAUUUCAUCCAUGGGUCUAAAUUCUUAGCCUGAACUUUCAUGCCAGGCCAGUGAAGUAUCUAUUCUAUAUCUUGGUUCUUCUAGUUCUUUUUCCAACCUCUGGAUUUUUGUUUUAUGAAAUAAACCAAUGUUUAAGCCAGCUGCUAGAAAAACAACAACAGUAGCUGUGAGGUAACUCUUCCUUUCAUGGAGGAUGCAUAUUGCUGCUACAGUGUAUAAUUAUUUUAUGGAUUUUUUUCAAACUGUUUGAUAAUAAUAUGGCACCCCAUGGUCAAUAACUUUAUAUACCAAGAGCAAUCCAAUUCAUGGUCUACUCAUAGUAUGUAAAGUUAAGCACAUACAUAACUAUUUUAAUGACAGGGGCUGUAAUUAGUCUUUUGUUUCCUUUUUUGCUUUAAGCAAAAUAGAGAUGGACAUUUUUUCCUUUAUUUCAAUUUUUAUAGUCAACAUGCUGACUAAAAAAAGGUUUUGUCUGGGCCUUAUUGUACAAAAAAGUGUGUUGUGUCCACAAUUGUGUACAGAUAUUUUCCUCCAUUCAUUUUGUGCUUAAAUUAAUAAAAUUGAUUUGUGACAUAUUAAA